CAAUUUAUUAGCUAAUACUACAUGCACCUCACAACUGUUGUUGAUGGAACUCAGCUACACAUCCUCUGCAGAUUGGACGGCCGAGGCAACAGGGAUUGCGGUCUAUCGACAUCCCUUGACUUUGGAUCUAUGUGGAGACCGGCGUCCGACGAGGCAAGAGGAGGAAGCAGCGAUCAUGGCCGGCAUCUCUCGUCUUUGCAAUCUCAUCGCCGUCUCGCUCCGUCCCUACCUCGAACCCAGGCCCUUUCCUCUGACCAAAGAAUCCGAGAAGGAUCUUCUCGUCUCGCUUUCUCGAGUUCACAAGCAAAUCCAGCAAUGGACGAACGAAUCGGACUGCGAAGGCGAGCAGGAAAGGAUUGCAGAUUCUCACUUCUAUGACACUUGUUAUAUGGAUGUCAAGCAUCAGUUUGUAGACGAAAACAAUUGCUUCAUGGACAUUACUUCUACAAUGGUAGCUUUCCUGGGUCUUGAAAGUGGAUUUGUUCAGCAUUUGGUGGGAAAAAUUUUUGUAGGCAUGUCAAAUCUUCUGGCUAAGUUUAGGAGCAAAUGGCUUAAAUUAUUGCACUUGCUAUGGGUCAGCCUAGGAUUGGCGAUGUCAAGCAGAUGCAUCUUGCCAUCUGCACCACUUGGAUCUAUUCAUGUCCCUGAUAAGAGUUGGAUUCAGUCCUUCACAAACAUUAUGUUGCCUGGAAUAGAAGAUACAGUGUUUGACAUUUCUAUCUUCAUUGCUCGUUUGCAGUUAAGAGUGAUUGAGUUUAAUGUGCAUAUGGUGGCAGGCCUUUUCCACACCUUCCGUAAUAUUCUGAAAUCUUUGAAACGUGAAAUUAGUGACCUUGAAGGAGCAUAUAGAUAUCUUGCUAUGUCUUCACUUCUGAAGAUGCCUUGGGGUUUGUUAGAUGAGAUUCAUGUUAGUAGGAUUCAUUUUGGCAAGGAUGCAAUACUUGAUACGAAAAACUGUUUACCAAGGUCCGCAGAUAUGCUUGCAGGGAUAAUUCUUCAACUGCUCUGCUCCUUGGUUGAGCAAAAAGAUCUCAUAGAUGUUGAGGGUGUUUCCUUUGGAGAUCAUGCUAUAUAUACCAAAUUCUCUGACCUAGUGCUUAAACUUUUGGCCUGUUUCUUCAAGCACCUUGGAUGUUAUGAGAGUCUUUCUGGAUACUUGAAACACAAAACGCUGUGGUUCUUUUUGCAGGUGCUAAUGGUAAGACUUAGGCUUCACAUGCAGUGUAAUGUUUCUCAUCUUGUUUUAUGGCUAAAGUUGCUUAAAAACCAUUUUGAAGAUCUCUUAUAUGCACCUAUAUCAGUUUGUGAUGAUGGUUCUGCAGCUACUUUAGAAGAAUCUCCUUUUUUAGCUGUUUCUGUUGAUAGAGACAUGGUGCAGAAUUUAUGCACCCAACAUUUGAGGAGGCAGACAAUUUUCCUUUUUCUUCAUUGCUGCUUCAAACUGGUUCACUUUCAUCAUGAAGCUGAUCAUCAAUUUUCAUGCGGAGGGAAAUAUUCUUCUAUUAUUUCCACAUUGCAAGUCUGUAGCGAACAUUUCACCUGCAUGGGCUUAGUGGAGCUAUUUGAGUGGCUUCAGAAGUGUGCUUCACUGGAGAAUGUUGUGGAUUAUGAGAGUUUUAGAAAAUCCUGCUUUAGCUUUGGCUCAUCCUUCCUGCAAUUUUAUAUGGAGGAGGAUGAUAUGCUAUUUGAUAUCCUCUUGCUGCUUUUGGAUGCUCCAGUCAUUAGCUUGCAAGUAUGUAGCAAUGGAGAGGAAACUUCUUUCGAGGAGAUGAAGAAGGACAUCAUUUUUAAUAUUUCUAGUAUCUUUAACCCCAUUUACCUUUUCCAUAUGUUUCUGUUAUUGUUACAUUAUGAUCACUUGGUGCUUGUUGACUAUCUACUUUCAAAAGAUUUAGGGAUUCGUUUUCUGCAGUAUCUUUUAAGGUGUUUACGGAUGGUUGGUACAUCCUGGCACAUCUUUUUGAGAUUUCCAUUAUGUGGAAGUGAACAAAAUCAGUCUUCAUACAAGAGAAGAAAGAUAUCCAUAGAUGAGAGCUUAGAAGCUUUACCUUCGUCAAUUAUGAUGACUAAAGAACACAAAGUAAGAAAGCUGUUGGCUGUGGGCAACAUAGAUAAGAGCAUGACUUUCAAUAAUGCCAAAGAAUGUUUGCUUAGUUUAAAGAAAACAGUGGAAGAUCUUCAUCGAAAGAAUUUAUUUCCUUAUAAUCCAAAACCCCUUCUUAGAAGUUUGGCCAGAUUUGAGGAGCUUUGCCAUCAAUAGAAGCUAUAUUUCAGAAAUCAUGUGAUAAAAAGAUGUAGUUCAUGAUAUAAAAAAGUUGAGUUUAUAUUGCACCAGUUAUGAUGCACAGAACAGAUAUGGGCAGAGGACAUGUAUAAGUUCCUGGGUUGCUGUUCAAGAAUUUUGAUGUUUGUGUUAUUAGACAUUUUAUAUCACUGCAUUUCUGCUGGCUAUACAUCCAAGAUAUCGACUAUAUAGAGAACCAGCGAUGUCACUAUCAAUAUAUACAAUGUGGAAGAUUUUACCUUUCAAAUGAACUUUGAUGACCCCUUGAUAUGUUUCCAUUCCAUCUUUAUUGCCUUAGGUGUUAUCUUGUAUAGGUCUUUGACUGUAGCUGACUGGUGCUUGCAUAAUGUUUGAUAGCAAUUGCUAAGUACCACAAACAUAGAUAUUGGUGGCUUCAGUGAAGUCAUUGGGCGCAUAGGCAUCCAUACAAGGUGUGGUGAGGCCCGAGUGCCAACCUAUUGGGUUGGGCAGGCGACUUGACUCUAAUCGCGGCUGAAGUGCUGGGUGGGCCAGGCACUCGCCUGGAUCAACUCAGGCCAGGUUGAGCCUAAGUCAAAUUAAAACAUUCAUUUGGUUCAAUUGAACCAGCGGAGUUCUUCCCAUCGGCGAACAACAGCAUUAGCGGCAAUGGUGGCAUCUUCCUCCAGCAGUAGCGAUGUCUUCCUCCAGUGACAACGGUGGGUCUUCCUCCAAUGGUAGCAGCGGUGUCUAACUCUGGCGGCAAUGGCAGUGGCUUCUUCCCCUUCCUCGAAGACUGAGAAAUAUUCACUGCUAAAUGUGUGUACAAGAGUUGUGAUUAAGCAUGCUCCUAUGCUGUCAAUGGUAUGCUGGGAGUAUUUGAAUUUUUGUAUGUGAUGGAUCUUGAACUCGACAUGCCAUCAAGACAGCUAUAACAUAUGCAAUAGAUCAUCGAGAUGGUUUAAUUGUUCAAGUUCGCGGGGGAUUUUCGUGUCUCAAUGAAUCCAGACCUCGAAGUUGUUAAUUUCUGAUGAACGAACAACACCCGAGGAUAAGAUUUUGUCGAAGCAUAUCCGCAUGUGGCAUUUCCAGGUUCGAUUAAACCCGAUUGUGGUUCCAGAAUCGGAUCGAUUCGAGAAGGUUCAACUUACGAAGAUGGAACACAUGCUGCAUUCCUGUGGUUCAUCCAAGCUUAUCGUCCUCAGGCAUGACAACCUCCACAAGCUAUUUCUCCUCAUCCGUAAUGGAUUCUGAUUUCAACUGAUUCAAACCGUAAUCACGUCUUGAUUCUCCAUAUGCUGUUCGAUAGCAUUUAGAUGUUGCUGAGGGAGAAUUGUUUGAUUGUAUGAUCGACCAUAUGAUCAGAAGUGAUAAUAAUGACUCGAUAAGAUUAAAAGA